AGUCCACAAAUAGACGGGCGUAUGCCUGCUGCGCCCUGCUGUGCCCGUGCACAAUUGUGUUGGCUAAUUAUCUUGGGUACUCUGCCAUUUGUAUUGUUCAUUCAAAUGAGUAAAUUCUGCGCGAGAAGACGCGCGUAGAGAUUGGAUCGGACAUGCACGCUAAUCAAAAGAAGAAGGCGCGCGCACGUAAUCGGCCCAGAAACAAAUGCAACCGGUCCGGCGAAACCGAGCAGGCGAAAAUCCUGGAUGUUCCAGAAUCCGUGCCCGUCUCCUCCGACUUGGAGCAGGUUGAGCCGCAGCCCGAGCCACCUAAAGUCGAGCCGAACACCAGCGCCAUUUACCUAAUACAAAAGAUUCUGCGCAAGAAACUGUUGGCCAAAAAAAGUCCAUCGGUGGCGACAAGUCCAGCAAACGCUGCUCCAGCCAAAGUGCCCGCUCCUCCGCCAAAACUUGCCAACGGCAACCAAAGUGAUGAAGUGAGCGAGCUUCUAAAAUGCAUUGGAAACAAGCUGCAAAAAGGUUCCGCCGAGUUGCCGACGGGUGCGGUUUUCAGUCAGCUUGGCAAGAUGUUCAGCACGGCGCCCUUGAGCGACUCGGAGUCAUCCGACGAGGAGGCCGAGUACGUGGAGUACAUAUACAAGCCGCGGCAAUAUUUCAUGGCAUCGCUGUGCAACCAUUGCAAGGUGGAUCUGUGCGGCCGGCAGCCGAUGCCGUGCAGAGGCUGUGGCUUGGUCUACUACUGCAGCGUGCUCCACAUGCGGGACGAUCAGGAGCACCGCCAGUUGUGCUACGGCCUGCGCCAGUUGGUGGAGCGCAAUGGGCACGAUACCUUCUAUAAGUGCGGCGACUUUACUGCCGAACAGUUUCGCUCGUAUCGCAUUGUGUGCAUACGUCAGCUGGAGCAGGCCAUAAAUCGUUCCUUAACGGCCACUGAGCAGGAGGUGCUGCUCUUUCCCUUCAUUUGCGGGCAUGUCCAGUGCCGGGAGCACAGACUAAAGAAGCUAGCCGCGUGCGGGCGCUGUAGCGAGGCUGCCUUCUGCAGGGAUAAGCCGGAUCAUUUGGGCGCUGGACAUGCCGAGUGGUGUGGCGCAUUCAGACUCUUCAAGGUAUUUGUCAUGUUCCAGGCGAAGUUCGGACGGCUGGAACCACCGUUGCCCGACAAGGUCUUGAGAGAUGCACCACUUGCCAGCACCAAUACCAGGCAAAUAUUGAAAAAGUUAAGUUUUGAUGUAACCGAUGCAUGCGAGUUUGCCGCACUUACGCAGAUAUCCACAGGACCUCUAACCGCAUUUUUAGCCCUAAAGCUUUGCGGACGUCUGAAAGCCAAGGAGCUAACAAUUCAUUUGGUCGGGGCGGAAAUGGAAUUCGAAGUUGACGUAUUUCAGAAGUGGGAGAUUUUCUUGCUGCACAUUUUACCUGCAGUUGCAACGUUGAAUGUCGUUUUCGUUGGACCAGAGCUAAAUACCAAGAAUAUAUCCUUUGACCAACUAUCAAAGAUUAGAUGUUGUCGUUUGUGUCGCAAGGCACAACGCACUGUGAAAUAUCAUUUUGAGAAUCAACUUUAUCACAAUUAUUGCUCGGCAGCAGAUUUUCAAAAACCGGACUUAGCCUGUUUUUUCAACUCGGGACUGUAUCGGGCUACUGGCUAUGCAUUGGAGGACACCUGGCCGGAGACAAUACGGGCAACUUUGAAUCUCAAAUGUCCUGUUGUCGUUACAUCUUAUACUAAAUACGAAGCGCCGCUGGACUUGAGUCAUUUUCUCAAUCAGUCGAAUCGUCAGUUAAGUGUGGUGCUGCCGCCCACCACAAAUCCCUUUGGGUCAGAGAAGCCGGAACGUAAUUUUAUAUCAGACGAUGAUGCACCUUUCAUGUUCAAAAAUUUUCAAUGUUUUGUUAUUGAGUAAGUUAAGCUACACCUGUUGUAACACCUGUUGAUUUCCCAUCCCAGUAAAGGGUCAAGCUAUCGAUUCUGGAAGUUC